ACAGACAUGGCCUAGAGGAACCUGUGCAUGCGGGUGGCUGCUGCAACCACGGCGGCCACCAUGAGCAAGGCUGCUGGAGGGGAGGAGCUCGCAGAACUCUUCAGACUGGUCCCGGACAUUCUGCAGGCUGCCAACGUGAGUGGCAACGCGUCUCUGCAGCUUCAGGAUUUAUGGUGGGAGUUGGGGCUGGAGCUGCCUGAUGGCGCGGCGCCAGGGCAUCCCCUGGGCAGCGGCGGGUCAGAGAGCUCAAACACGGAGGCGCGGGUGCGCGUUCUCAUCAGCGCGGUGUACUGGGUGGUCUGUGCGCUGGGGCUGGCGGGCAACCUGCUCGUGCUCUACCUGAUGAAGAGCAAGCAAGGCUGGCGCAAGUCUUCCAUCAACCUCUUUGUCACCAACCUGGCGCUGACGGAUUUUCAGUUCGUGCUCACGCUACCCUUCUGGGCGGUGGAAAACGCGCUGGACUUCAAAUGGCCUUUUGGCAAGGCCAUGUGCAAGAUCGUGUCUGUAGUGACGUCCAUGAACAUGUACGCCAGCGUCUUCUUCCUCACCGCCAUGAGUGUGGCACGCUACCACUCGGUGGCCUCGGCUCUUAGGAGCCACCGGAGCGGAGGGCACGGCCGUGGCGACUGCUGCAGCCAGAGGUUGGAAGAUAGUUGCUGCUUCUCGGCCAGGGCGCUCUGUGUAUUGAUCUGGGCUUUGGCCGCCCUGGGCUCGCUGCCCAAUGCCAUUUUUUCCACCACUAUCAAGGUGAUGGGCGAGGAGCUGUGCCUGGUGCGCUUCCCGGACAAGUUGCUGGGCCGUGACAGGCAGUUCUGGCUGGGCCUGUACCACCUGCAGAAGGUGCUGCUGGGCUUCCUGCUACCUCUGGGAAUCAUCAGCCUGUGCUACCUGCUGCUGGUGCGUUUCAUCUCCGAUCGCCGUGUGGUGGGCACAGAGGCAGUGGCUGGGGGAGGCCCGACUGGAGCCAGCGCUAGGAGACGGUCCAAGGUGACCAAGUCAGUAACCAUUGUGGUCCUGUCCUUUUUCCUGUGCUGGCUGCCCAACCAGGCCCUCACCACCUGGAGCAUCCUGAUCAAGUUCAAUGUGGUGCCCUUCAGCCAGGAGUACUUUGUAUGCCAGGUGUACAUGUUCCCCUUGAGUGUGUGCCUGGCGCACUCCAACAGCUGCCUCAACCCCAUCCUCUAUUGCCUCGUGCGCCGCGAAUUCCGCAAGGCGCUCAAGAACCUCCUCUGGCGGUUCGCCUCACCUUCUCUCACCAACAUGCGUCCUUUCACUGCCACCACCAAGCCGGAGCCAGAAGGUCACCGGCUGCAGGCCCUGGCACCACUCCAGACAGGCACAGAGCCUGACCUGCUCUACUACCCGCCGGGCGUGGUGGUCUACAGUGGGGGGCGCUAUGACCUGCUGCCCAGCAGCUCAGCCUACUGAUAACAAGUAAGACUCUAAGAAUGCAGCAGAACAAAGCCCCCCAACCC